ACCAGAAGCAGCCGCAGUCGACUAUCGUUCAAGUGGGUUGCUCGUCGACGACCACUGCACCGACGACCCUCAUCGCGUCUCGAGUGUCCGACGCGAAGACCGCGUCUCUCUACGAUUCUCGACAGCUCUCGUCCGCGACCGUUGUGUACGAUUAUUAUAAUAAUUAUUACUGUUUACUAUUAUUAUUAUUAUUAUUAUUAGCACAACUAUAGCACAUAACCACCGCAAACGUGAUCUAUGUACGCGAGUGUGUGUUAUAAUAAUAUUGUCUUUAAGUCGAUUUCAUGUACGUGAUAAAAAUCGCCCGCGGUGUUCACGGAUAAUAAGAUUUUUUUUCUAAUAAAACGAUUUUUAUUUUAACAUAAACCGCGAGAUCGUUCUCGCCCGCGGACCGCCGGGCACGUGCGACGCUGCCCCGGUCUCUCGAUCACAACACGUUACAAUAUAAUACUAAUACUACCUAUUUUUUAUUCGUAUAUUACGUUAUAUACGCCUAAAACGCAAGUGCGACUAUAUUUUGCACGCGACCGCGCUCGCCAAUCAUGUCUGACAGCGAAAGCCCAAAACCCGCGGAAGAGGUGCUCCUGCACCAUCACCAUCACCACCACCCGAGGAUACCGCCGUCGCUGCUCGCGUGGUGCCCGGCCAUCAUGCCACCCUGGUGCUCGCUGCUGCCGGCCGCCUGGUGCAAUCCGGCCGCCCUCAGGUCCGCUUUCCCGGGACUUUUGGACAGUAUAAAAAUGCCGAGCAGUCAAACGCGACCGUCCGGUUUCCACAUAUGCGAUAUACUGGACUUGAACGACGGCAAAGUCAACUCCACCGACAACGCGAACACGACUCUGAGUUCCCAUAUCAACGCUCCGGACGUGCACAACGUGAGCACGGGCUUCCAGUUUCCCAGUGUCCUGCAAUCUUCCGCCGACCUGUUACACCACUGGCCCACGUCGCUCACCGAACUCAGAGGGUUCGGAUUGAGCCACCACGGGGCUCAGCAAGCCAGCCCGGACAGCACGUCUCCCGGAGUGACGGACCUGACUGACACGUCGAGCACGCCCAGCGCACUGGCGGCCGACACUUCGAACGCGAACGCGAACGGUGGCGCGGUCGGCGGGCCCGGUUCCGGGACUGGCGCCGGCGCCAAGGACGAACCGUCUGAGGCGGACGGCGACGAGAUGGACGACGAUUUCGACGACGAGUCGGGCGCCGCGGGCGGCGAACACGACCGGUCCGGUUCGUCCGGCGCCGGCGGUCACCCAUCCGACGUAAACGGAGCCGGCAGCGGCGGGGCUGGGGCGGUGCACAAGAAACGCAAGCGCCGUGUCCUGUUCAGCAAGGCACAGACGUACGAGCUGGAGCGCAGGUUCCGGCAACAACGGUAUCUGUCGGCUCCCGAACGCGAACACUUGGCCUCAAUCAUCCGGCUGACUCCCACGCAGGUGAAAAUCUGGUUCCAGAACCACAGGUACAAGACGAAACGGGCGCAACAGGAGAAGGGCAUGCACGUGGAACAUCACGCGGCGGCCGCGGCCAACGCUCUGUCCUCGCCGAGGCGGGUCGCCGUGCCCGUGCUGGUCCGGGACGGCAAGCCGUGCACCAACCAGCAGCCUGGCGCCGGCGGCAAGGCCGAACAGAUGGUGCUGCCGUCGUACUCGCAUCCGCUGAUGCACGGCCAGACGCCCAGAACGUGGUGGUAGUUGAUGAUGAUGCAUACCACGACCGCGGUAUAUAAUAAUAUAUUAUAGUGUGUGGUCAUCGCGACCGCCAGUAUUGUCUUCCUAUGUAAUAAUAAUGAUUAUGUGUAUCGUAUAAUAUAGGUUAUAAUAUUAUGUCCAACAACCUAUUUUAGGUAGGUACCUACCUGUCAAAAAAAAAUGUAUAUCUUCCGACCGCCAAUAUUAUAUUAUACACCUAUUACAUAUUAUAUCAUAAUUUAAUAUUAUUGUGUGUAAAAUAUUCGAAUACGCGAACUCGGGGUUGGCCAAGUGACGAGUGACGAUACGAUACCUAUUGAAAAGCUGAUCGAUGUGUAAUAUAUAUAUAUGAUAUUCUUACCGUUCGCGUGUGGAUAUCACAUCCACAUUAUUAUUAUAAUAUUGUAAUCACGAUAUCGAUUGUACGAAAAUAUUACUAUUAUGCAAGUGACGUGCCUCGACUGCGGUGAAUUCUUGAUUUGUAUACUAUUAUAGGUAUAUUAUUAUACAUUUAUAAACAGGGCGUUUAAUUAGGAAAGCCAUGGGACUUUGCGAAUCGAAUAUGAGAAUAAAACAAAAACAAAUCUGAUUUACUUAAUAAAUUGUCCAAUAUAUAUAUUUUACACAACAUAUAUGUACAUUCGUUAUACCUCGGCUAAUAAUAAUAAUUAUAAUUAAAAUAAUAUAAUAUUAUGAGGCAUUAAUGUGUUUAAAUAGAUUUCUUCGGUCCCUAUCGUUAGCGCGGUUUCAUUCGGAAGUUAGCGGCGAUCACGCGCUGCGACUGUGUCCCCCCUCCCUCGUUUUUUUAAAAUAAAUAUUUAUAUUAUAAUUAUUAUUAACGAUAUUUUAUCGAUCAAAAAUACAGUAGAGCAUAGCGUACGCAUGUAUAUUAAUAAUAUUAUUCGGAAAUAAAUAAUAAAUUUAUAAAAUGUCCAUUUGUAAAAUAUUAAAAAAAAUUCUUAGACUAAUUGUAUUAUUAUCAUUAUAUUAUAUUAUUAUUUAUUUAUUAUUAUUAUUAUUAUUAUUAUUAUUAUUAUAUUACUUUAAUAAGAGUUUAAAAAAAACAAAAGACUAGUCAUUACGUGUAUUUUAUUUGUUUAUAUAUUUUUAUUGUUAGAACGUUAUAUACGCGCCCAUGGGUUGCAUAUUGUAAUUUUUGUAAUUUUUAAGUUGUACAUAGGCAAAAUCGAAAAACACAUAAUUAUUAUGUUUGUUGAAAAAUGUUAUUCGAAAUACAAAACAAAUACGAAUGUAUGAAAAAAUUUACUUGAUCAUUAUAUAGAUAAAUAAAUAAUUGUUACGAUAUAUAUAUAA